AUGGAACCUACACGGAGUUUUUCUAGAACUGGUCGAUCAUCCUCCAUUUCAGACUACGCCGAUAAUGAGUCAAAGAUCAUUGAACAGACAUUUUUGUGUCCUCUUGAUAACAGGAAUUUAAGUCAAAGGGUUCAUUGCAUCGAAAUUCCCAAAAUUCGACCACGAAAGUGCCUUAGCCCUGAUACUAAUCAGUCGGGGAAUGCUGUAUCUCUUGUACUGCCUUGCAUACCUGAGCCACAAAAGCGUUCAAGGCGAACCCAUUUUUUAUCCACUACUUUGCUUGAAAAUACAAAUGAUAACCAAAAACAUUCUAAAUCAAAAUUGACGCCAAUCAAAAGAGAAUCGGUGUUUGACAGACUUUAUAGAGAGGGCGGUCGACAGAAAAACUCAAUGCGGAUAGAAGCAGUAGAAAAUCCUAUUAAAAACCACUGGGAACACAGGUUGCUCUCACCUCCACAGUCGUUUUUACACACUACGCGAUCAAACCUGACCUAUUCACUACCCAAGAAACGCCCAUUAGAUGCGCAUAGUAUUAUGGUCUCUCCAGUACACCCUCCUCAUCCCGUAGGAAUACCACCUCCUUCUCUUAGUAAGUCUCAUAUUGAAUGGCGGUCUGCUUCGCCACAGCCGCGGCCGCGUACAGAGAGUGCGGCGUCCGCUUCGGCCUUCUUCACACUAAUGAUAAGAAGAAGCAGGGAAGAGUCGGAAAAGGUACCUAUUACCGUAAAUAAAAUACAACAGCCUCUUACUUGUAGAGAAGACGCGAAAGAAUGGGACAAUAUUAGCGCUAAACCAUGCCAGUUAGAUGAUAAAGAUACCAUAAAUGAAAGUCUGAAUGAGCUGAUUUUGCAGUUGAUUGAAGAGCAGCCAAGCGCACCUAUCAAUGCCUUUGUGAGCGAGAACGUGGUUUCCUGGAAAUCUCUUACGGCCUUGUUUGCUGAAGAAACUCAUACUUCAGCAAAUAUUAAACAAGUGCAGGGAUUAAUUGAUAAACUUCUACCCGAUUACACAAGCAAGUGGGAAGAACAUAGCGAGCCUCAUGCAAAAUCGACAGAAGUAUAUCGUUCAAUGAAACCGAUGCAUCAAAAACUCCCGUAUAAAGAAUUUGAGUCGGUCGUAAUAUUCGAUCCGGCUUGCGCAAAUGCCAUUCUCAGAGAACACGAUACCGAUUAUUCCUCCUCUCCAAAUCUCACGACAGUGGCUGAUAAAGUGAUCGACUCUGCUUGCCAGGAGGUCUCCUCACAUUCCGACCUACAACUCACCUCUUCUCCAUCACCUCAUAAAAUUAAUACCAAUAGUAUAAAUAGGCCUGUUAAAGGCGAUCGCUAUGAUAAGGAAGCCCAUGCAUCUACUCCCCAACCAAAGCAGGAAGAGGUCUCAGUAACCAUGAUGGACAGCGGAAAUGGACUUAAACAAGGCCAAGAUAGUGGUUCGAAAUCAAACCGCCUAGACUGCAUGGAAAAUAAAAUAAUUGUGGCUAACGCAACGUUAAUGAGGUCGUGCAUAGAAGUGAUUGAGCCUUAUGGAGAAAAUAGUCGGUUAAUGGAUUCCACUGAUCUAUUGGCAAUUCCUCCUCUAUCAAACAAUUCCUCAACAGAACGAAGAAGCGAAAGCGGAGAACAAGAUUCUUUCAUCGAUGAAUCACUCGUUUCACUAAAUAGUGCUAGUGAGUAUUUUUUUCAAGAGUAUGUCGAACUUUUGAAACCAAAUAAGGCUCAAACGAAUGAGCUCGUGGAUAGGGAGGAGGAUGGGAAGACACAACGAAGAUUAAUUGAAAAUCAUGCGCCAGCCACGGAAUGUCUUGAUCAAUUGAGUGUACAUCAACUACUGUAUCAAAGAGAAGUGGAGAAUUCUGAGUUUUCAAUGUCUAAGGUAGAGGUUUCUCAAGACCGUUGUUUCGAACAGGCUACUCUUAAUAAAUCAAAUUUUGCGUGUCUAUCUACUGAUCUCGAAAGCUACGAAACUGAGAAAGUGUGCAAAGUCAAAGGAUCACUAAAUCUUUCAGGAUCUACUUUUGCCUCAAAAGUGACCAAUGAAGAAAGACAGUGGUUAAAAGCUGCAUCUAGUAGCAGUUCAUUCAUAGCAGCAGAUGUGAAGCUAAUCGUUACACCAAAGGUAACCGUUUAUACUUUAUAG